CCGAAGGCACACUGCCCCCGACGGAAUGGGGAGAUUUUGUAUAGACUUCAAGCGGCUGGUGCUUUGUUGAGGGAUGCUGAACACACAGACAGGAUGGAAGGAGAGCUCACCGCCGGGGACCUGCGUGAGUUGGACGAGCCAUGUGACCCGGUGUCGGAUGGUGCAGGUAGAGUUGGAGACGGUGAUCGUGGGGAGGGUGGUAAACAGCAGGGGCAGGAUGCCGGGACUGUGAGAGAUGAGUUGCGGGGCGUUGAAGGUGCAGGAGAUGGUGGAGGGGAUGGAGGGGGAGCUCGGGUUACUGGCACGACGGCCACCACCUCCACACAGGUGGUGGCGAGGACGAGACAGACAACCCUAGACGUUCAUGUACGGAACAAGGUCCAACAAGAUCUUGAUUGUCUGUUGGCCCUUGGUAUCUAUCAAGGUGGAGUGCCCUUCAACUGGUUGCGGUUAAAGGAGAUGCAGGACUAUUGGAACUACAUAGUCACACUCCUGCGUCCUUCGAUCGUACCGGUGCCACGACUGCUGACAUACGAGGGAGUCCACACGAGGAUGAUGGACAUCAUUUUCCACGAGGUAGCAGCCCUCAUUGCACCUAAAAAGGCGAAGUGGGCUACCAUAGGAUGCACACUGCUGACUGAUAGGGCUACCGACACGACCAACAAGCCAAUCAUGAACUUCAUAGCAGCAGGACAGUCCGGACCCAUCUUCAUCCGGACCAUCGACAUGUCGCAUCGGGAGAAGAUGGGAGUCGGCCUGGUAGAGAUAUGGGAGGGAGUGAUCAGAGAUGACAUUGGCAUCGACAAGGUGAAUGCCAUCUGCACCGACAACGCAAAAGUGAUGAAGACAACAGCCGGCAUUUUGCAGUCACACCCUGACCCACGUAUUCGUCGCAUACCUUCGAUCCCGUGUGCAUCAUAUUGGUUGAGCUUGCUGGUGAGGGACAUUGCGGCGCAGCCUUGGGCGGCCACUGUCAUGAGGAAGGGGCACAAGUUAGUCAAGUUCAUGCACAACAAACAGCGAGCCCUAGCACUUCACAAGACCAUGAGGAACGCGCUUGUACUGAAGCGACCAGCGGAGACGCGUUUUGGGACAACGUUCAUGAUGUUGGAGAGGCUAUAUGAGCAGAGGGGUGUGUUAGACAAGCUCGUGUCAAGGGAGUCGUGGGCGCAGGUGCGGUGGACUGGUGAUGCGAGGAGGAAUGAGCCUGAGGUGCGUAGGAUGUGCAGAGACGAUUCUUGGUGGGGGCGGGUGAAGAUGGUUGUGGACGUCAUGGCCCCGUGCUUUAGGUUCCUCAGGGACAUGGAUAGGGAUGGGUCGUCACCCACAGGAUUGUGGGAUUUGAAGAGCAUAUUGCGGGGGAGGGUCAAGACUCUUGAACUGACGGAGGAUGAGAGGAGGGCGGCCAUGGAUAUCAUAUCCGACAGAUGCAGGAUGAUGCGUCAGCCUGCCCAUGCGGCAGCGUAUCUGUUGGAUCCUCGCCGUCGUGAUAUCUCAUUGCUGGCAGACCGCAACAACUCCCUCAUGCAGAGUGCGCUAAACCACUUGGCUCGCUUUGAGGGUGCRAGUUGGGAGUCUGAUUCUGUGCAUACGCUUUGGCAGGCAUUGUGGACUUUCCAUUGCGAGGACCCUCGCUAUUGGCCGAAGACUGGAGCGCACUGGUGGGACGAGUUUGCAGUCAAGGAUGCGGCGGAGGGGGGAUGCAUGCAGCGAUGUGGUGGGAGGUUCACAGUCGCCGGCAGCCGAGACUGCAGACGAUUGCGAAGAGGGUUUUGGGUGGAGGACCCCGCAGAGCAGAUCGACGUUGACAACAGUGUCCCUGCAGCGGUGCCAGAGGAGGAGUGGGAGGAGAUCGACAGGAGGAACAUGAGGAAGGAGGGGCGUAAUGGAUUUGGAAAGGGGAAGGCACCGAUGGAGGAUAAGGAUGAGGAUGAGGAGGGUGAUGAGGCCCUUUGGCAAGAUGCGGUGUGGAUGCACAGAGAGAUGAUGGAGGCGCAGCAGGAGCAGAGAGACGCAGACCGUACGUUGCCUGAGGACCAACAUGACUUAUUGGACGAGUGGGGUGGAGCGAACCCUCACACCGAUCUUGACGCGUACAUAGCGCAGAGUGUGGAUACCGUGAGGAGUCUGCGGGGGAGGGUUGGGGGUGGGUUAGAUUUUGAGGAGCUUCUGGGGGUAGGGCAGGAGGAGGAGAGAAGUCAGCACGUUCCACAUUCAUCGACUGCCGGAGAGGGAGGACAUACUGGAGGUGUUUCAGUUGAUGCACGUACGUCGGCUCCUGCAGCACCCCAUCACGCUGCUGAGAGGAUUCUUAGAGGGGCAGAGGAGGAGAUGAUUGGGAGGGAGGGUCAUCAUGCGGAUGACAGGCCGGAGGACACACACCAGGUGGCGGGCGGACGUGGAGAGCGUAGGGUCAGUGACGUCAUUCGUCCUGCAAUGGUUCAGACCUCGGAGCAAAGCAUUGGUUGUGCUUCCUCAGCGCAUGUCAGCGAGAGGGUGGAUGACAGGGCGGACCCAUUACCAGUGUCUGUCGCAGAGCUUGGUGUGGACCAGAGGGUGGAGCAGAGGGUAGAUGGGGUGGUGCACGACAGGGCGGAGCAGAGGGCUAACCAGAGGAUUGAACACCGGAGAGAGCGGAGGGAUGGACACAACUUGGAGGUUCAGGUGGACGUUACCAUGGACGAGAGCGUAGUUCGACGAACGGAGGACAUGGGCUGCGAGAGGAGGGGUGUGGCAUCUACACGCGAGAGUAUGAUCCAGAGUGAGGAUGCCGAGGUUGCUACAGAGGGGGGGGGAGAGAGGGAGAGUCAUGUUAGACUGCCGACCGCCUCAUUCUAUGGGAUCCCGCCCAUGCCCACACGUGCCACCCAAUCACCCGAUGCAGCAGGCGUUCAUCUUCUUGGCAGAUCGACUACAGCUGGAGCAUAUGGUGGUGGCACUUUAUCUCCCGCAGUGUCCUCUGGCAGUGCCCUACACCACCCCCCAUCGGUGACUUUACGACGCCCGGUUGCGCACGCGAGUGGAGUAUCCACUUCGUCAGCCGCGGUUGGCCCGCCUGUGCGUAGUCCAUUAGGCAUGCCACCACUCCCUGCACGACUUCCAUCAACCAUUGUUGAUAAUGUGAACACAAGUCGUGCAAGCAGGAAGAGGAGGAGAGAGGAUGACGGAGGCGCAUAACCACCUCCUCCACGACCGCAGGGUGGCACAAGCAGACCUCGUGGUCGCCCGCGAGGCUCAGGGUC